UUUCCACAACACAAGUUAAAGUGACUUGCAGGUGUUUGAGCACAACAGGGUUGAAGCAAAAGGCUAUUGAGCUUGUUUGACUGUUGGCUGAGCUGAGUGAAGGAUCUGCCCCCAGACAUUUGCACCAGAGCAUCCUGCUGACUUGCUCACAGUGCCAUAGAAACAGGGUUCCAGAGAGCAGGAGGCUCAGUCCGCUCAGGAGCAGGCGAGGGAGAGGAUCGGGAGGACUGAGGAGGAAAAUAAAAUUCAACAGAGAGAGAGAAGGAGGGAGAGAGAGGCAGAAAGGAGCAGAGGGACAAGUGGAAGUGAAGGAUCAGAGUGGGAAAAGUGAGAGGCGCUGUCACCGACGCUUCCUUUGGCCUGGUGCUGGGUGUGUUUCUGGUGUGCGGCCUGACUCUGCUGGGUCUUCUUACACUGGUCUCCUGGAGGCUGUGCUGGGUACCGUGGCGGACAAAGGCCCACAUCCCCAGUCCAUCUCUCAGCCCGGACUGUAGCCCACAGCACUGCCCGCUCCAGCCGCCUGUCCCGCUGCCCAUUCCCCAACAGCCGAUAGUCUCCAUGGCGACAGAGAAGGUGAAGGACCCCAUGGGCUCGACUGGUUUCCUGGAAGCGGCGGUGAAGAUAAGCCACACCUCUCCUGACAUCCCCACUGAUGUGCAGCUCUCCAUGAGGGAGCACUUCCUGCGCCGCACGCAGCGCAUGCAGAGACAAACCACUGAACCGGCCUCCUCCACACGGCACAACUCUUUUAAGAGACACCUGCCCAGGCAGAUGCAGGUGGGCAGCUUAGACCUGGGGAAUGACUACAUGGUGGAGAAGGACGAGAAGCCAACCAGCAUCGGCCGCAUCCAGCCUGAGCUCUACCAACAGAAGGCCUCCGAGUCCGAGGAGUCCUCCAAGACCGGCAGUGGUAAAAACUGCGGCAGGAUUAACUUCUCGCUCAAAUACGACUAUGAAAACGAGGCGCUCAUUGUCAACAUCCUCAGGGCAGUAGACCUGCCUGCCAAGGACCUCUGUGGCACUUCUGACCCUUACGUGAAGGUCUACCUCCUGCCCGACCGCAAGAAGUUCCAGACUCGAGUUCACCGGAAGACCCUUAAUCCCACAUUCAGUGAGAGCUUCCAGUUUCCUGUGCCUUACGAAGAGCUGGCUGUCAGGAAGCUCCACAUGAGCGUCUUUGACUUUGACAGAUUUUCCCGACACGAUAUGAUCGGAGAGGUGGUUCUGGAGAACUUGUUUGAGACGUCAGAUUUGUCAAGGGAGACCAACAUCUGGAGGGACAUCCAGUAUGCCACCAGUGAAAGUGUUGACCUGGGAGAGAUCAUGUUCUCGCUCUGCUACCUGCCCACCGCAGGUCGACUCACCCUCACUGUCAUCAAGUGCAGGAACCUGAAGGCCAUGGACAUCACUGGGUACUCAGAUCCUUAUGUUAAAGUAUCGCUCAUUUGUGAUGAGAGGCGCUUGAAAAAGAAGAAGACGAGCAUCAAGAAGAACACCUUGAACCCCACCUAUAACGAGGCCAUCAUCUUUGACAUCCCUCCAGACAGCAUGGACCAUGUCAGCCUGCACAUCUCAGUCAUGGACUAUGAUCUUGGAAGGCCAGAACAGCCAGCUUUGACAGCCAGGGCUCCUGCCCCUCACCCAGACCCCCUGCCAGUCCCUGAGAGGAGCUACCUGAGAGCCAGGGGCCCAGAGGGUGGGGUUUCCUCCCUCCAGCUGAUCCACUUCCUGUCUGUGUGGUUAAAGAGAAACACAAGCCCACUGUCUCUCCCUCUGUGUGUCCCUCCCGUCCUCGAGGCUCGUCCCAGAGCACUCCUAAGAACCAGUCUCUUCCGUCAGUGUGAAGCUCCGUCUUUUUCUGGGUCAAACUUGGGUUUCAGGUCAGUUUGUGAUGGAGAUCCAGUCUGCAGACUUUUGUUGCUGAACCGAGGCAAAGUGAUCCUGUUGAUCUCAAAGAGGACUCAACUAAACAGACGCUUCAGCUUUGAACUGCAGAGACUCUUUGAUGGAAAAGCCUCGAUCAGAUUUCACUCUGGAAGUUUCACAGUGGGAAGCUGAGCAGCAGGCCCGGGGGAUCAAAGAGAUUAUCUGCUGAGCUAUUUCAGAACUCUCAGUUCUCUGUCACCAACAAAAAUACUGACGUAUCGUUUUUAAAUACUAGAAAUCAGCUUACUUGCAUUUUACUUUCAAACAUUUGAUGAUAUCUGACCUGCAGCUUCUUGAUWAAUGAGACUAAAUCAGUUUUACAGUUUUUAACUGUGGUUUAAUUUUAGAGUUAAACCUAAGACACACUAAAGAGCAGAAAACACAAAAACCUUGUUAAACUAUUUAAAAAGAAGACAAAGAUCUCAUUUUAUUUUUACUUCUACAAAGUUCCAUCUUGGACAACUUCAUCUUUUCUUUCACUGUUAAUCAAAACAGUAAUUUUCUUCAGGAUUCACUUAAAAAAGUAUUUUUUAAUUUAAUCUUUUCAAAUUGGAUUUCGGUGGAUGUAAAUAUCUUUGUGUACAAGUG